AUGGCUCGCAUCAAGAGGAGAGGCGAGACCGGCGCCUCAAAAAACUUUGUCACCCGAAACCAGGCAAUCCGAAAACUUCAACUCAGCCUACCCGACUUUCGAAAGCUCUGCAUCUGGAAGGGCAUCUACCCGCGCGAGCCUCGCAGCAAGAAGAAGGUCUCCAAGUCGUCCACGGCCUCGACCACCUUCUACUACUACAAGGAUAUCCAGUACCUCUUGCACGAGCCUCUUGUGCAAAAGUUUCGCGACACAAAAGCCCUUGAGAAGAAAAUCUCCAAGGCCCUCGGCCGUGGCGAUGUCAGCGAUGCCGCUCGUCUCGACAGCAACGCUGCCCGUCCUGAAAAGACUGGAAAGCCCAAUUAUACUCUCGACCAUGUCGUCCGCGAACGCUACCCUACCUUUGUUGAUGCUUUGAGGGACUUGGAUGACUGCUUGUCCAUGCUUUUCCUCUUCGCCAAUCUGCCCUCCACCUCGACCGUUCCGGCAAAGAUGAUUGCACGAUGCGAAAGACUCUGCCUCGAGUUUCAGCACUAUCUUAUCGUCUCCCGCAGCCUCACCAAGUCGUUUCUCUCUAUCAAGGGUAUCUACUAUCAGGCUAAUAUUCAGGGCGAAGAGAUUCUAUGGCUAGUUCCUUACAAGUUUACUCAGCGCGUCGUUGGCGAUGUCGACUUCCGCAUCAUGGGUACCUUUAUCGAGUUCUACAUGACCCUACUCGGCUUCAUCAACUUCAGACUAUACACCUCAGUCGGCCUCAAGUAUCCUCCCAAGUUCGACCUAGUCAAAGACGAGAAUGCUGCCGAGCUUGGUGCCUUCACCCUCGAGGGCAAGACUCUAGUCGGCGGCGAGGAGCAGAAGCAGCUGGAGGACAUUGCCCAUCGCCCCGACCCAAAGGUCCAGGCUGCUGUCAACAAGGUUGUUAAGACCUUGACCGCCGGCGAGACCAAUGGCGACGGCAAUGAAGCUGCCGCCGAGGAAGACGAGGAAGACAACUCUGGGGCUCUCGACAAAUUUGAGCCUGCUGCGCCAGGCGGUGACGUCUUGCUGCAGCCCGCUGCUAGUGGCAGAGGUCAAGGCUCCCUCUUUUCCAACUUCACCUUCUACCUUUCUCGCGAGACUCCCCGCCAACCUCUCGAAUUCAUCCUCAAGGCCUUUGGUUGCAAGCGUGUUGGCUGGGAUGCCACUCUCGGCGGCGGUGCUUUCACCACCGACGAGCUGGAUCCUUGCAUUACUCAUCAUAUUGUCGAUAGACCCAUUGUGCAGACCGUCACUACUGAAGACGUCGACGGCGAAGACAACCAGACUUCUCAAAAAUUGACACAAAACCAGCGUGUCCCUGGUCGCAUAUACAUCCAACCUCAAUGGGUCUGGGAUAGCAUCAAUGAUGGCGAGCUCAAGGAGGCACACUUGUAUGCUCCGGGCGCUUCUCUGCCUCCUCACUUGAGUCCGUUUGUGAAGAACGUGCAGGGCGCGUACGAUCCCACAGUCCCUCUCGAGGAGCAAGAGCCCGAAAAUGAGGCUCUUGAGGCCGAUAGCGAUGAGGAGAUCGGGGAUGCUGAUGCUGACGAGACUGCUGAAGGCAUGGAUAUUGCCGAUGAGGACGACGAGGAUGCCGAUGAAGAGGAUGAUGCAGAGGACGACGAAGAUGCUGACGAGGACGAGGAAAAAGAAGACGAAGAAGAAGACGAAGCCGCACAGCGUCAAGAGGAGCUGGAAGCCGAGAUGAAGGGUACUUCUGUAGACUCCAAGAAGGUCAAUGCCAAGACCAAGGCCAAGGCGGACGCCCGCAAAGCCUACUCCAAGAAGUCGCGUGAAGAAGCCGAGGACCUUGAGCGUGCCAAGGGCAUGCUUAGCAAGAAGAAGCGCAAGCUGUUUGAACAGAUGCAGUAUACGAAUAACAAAAAGAGUGCCGCUGAUGAGAAGUUGCGAGCAAAGAGAAGGAGACUAGAAAAGGAAAAGAUGAAGAAGGAGGCAUCGGCGUAA